GGCCAAAGAAGCGCGUUCUGGGGACGGGGGCUGAGGAGGCUCAUGCUGGAGGGCUUCGCAUCUGUGGCGGGUACCGUGAGAGUGAGUGGACCGGCUAGCGGCAGAGCCCCAACCUUGGCAGCGGAGAUACUGGUGACCAUGAGAUCCGUGCAGCUGCUGAGAACCCCCUUCCUGUGCACCUUGCUGUGGGCCUUCUGUGCCCCACGUGCCAUGGCUGAGGGGGCUGAGCCAAGCUUCUCCCAUCCCAGCAACACGGGCCUGGAUAAGAACGCGGUGCAUGAUCAAGAGCAUAUCAUGGAACAUCUAGAAGGUGUCAUCAACAAACCAGAGGCGGAGAUGUCCCCACAAGAACUGCAGCUCCACUAUUUCAAAAUGCAUGAUUAUGAUGGCAAUAAUCUGCUCGAUGGUUUGGAACUCUCCACGGCCAUCACGCAUGUCCAUAAGGAGGAGGGGAGUGAACAGGCACCACUAAUGAGUGAAGAGGAACUCAUUAACAUAAUAGAUGGUGUCUUGAGAGAUGAUGACAAGAACAAUGAUGGAUACAUCGACUAUGCUGAAUUUGCAAAAUCACUGCAGUAAACCUUAUUUGACCAUCUCAUAGUUCUAUGCGAAUGUGACCCGUGAUAAUGUGAUUGAACAUUUUUGGUAAUGCAAAAUAACUCAUUUCCACCUACUGCUGCAGCAUUUGGUAAAAACCUGUAGCAAUUUGUUACACUGGGGUGAGAAAGAAGUCAAAAGAAAUAGAGAGAAAUGGGACAUCUUGUAUUCCCAAGUUCUUUUAAAGCUCUUAUUGGACAGGGCUUGCUUAAAGUGUCUUUUUAAGAAUAUUGAAUAAUUGGAGCUGAGCACUCAGGAACUUGACUGUAGUAAAAUACUGCUAGUUUUGUAAUUUCAAUUCAUGCUACCUGAAAAGUAAGAAAGCAAGCUUUGCCAAGGAGACACUCUUUUCAGUAACAGUGAAGGAAUGGAGUGAAUGCCAAAUGUUCCCUGUGUGGGGUCCUAUCUCUUCAGGUAAACACUAUCAGUAUUCUGUAAACUCUCCCUGGUCUAAAUGAUUACUUGCUGUGGGCAAGUGGAUAUUUAUUAGGCUAUUUCAAAGCCACAACAUAAGAAGAAUGUCAAAUAUUGAGUUCAUUUGGCCAGAGUCUAAGAUUCUGUAUCCUCUGGCAUUUUGGAAAUGAUAUACCAUUGGCCUAAGCGAUGAACCUUUUUCACAUUUUCCAGUGUUUUAUACAACUACUGCCACCUGCCUAUACUUUGUUUCUUUUCUGUCUUCAUUCUGGGAGAGACUUUGAAUUUAAACAUGUUCUCUAAUCAAUAGAAAAUGUUUUAGCUUUCUUAAUGUUUCUAUUUCACCCUUCUUUCUAGGGUUUUGUUAUUGCAGUUUAGGAAUUACCCUGUUUCCCCAAAAAUAAGACAGUGUCUUAUUUUAAGGUGUGCUCCCAAAGAUGUGCUAGGUCUUAUUUUCAGGGGACGUCUUAUCUUUCCUAUAAGUAGGUCUUAUUUUCGGAGGAUGUCUUAUUUUCAGGUAAACAGGGUAUUAGGAGGGUGAGGAUUUCAUACAGCAGGGGCAAAACUACUAGCUGUUCUAGCCUAGGUGGGAAAUGACAAGAUCAUUCACCAAACAGUGAUUGACUUGAUGUAAGUUCUAUUUAGAAGGAAUAUUGUUUAAAUUAUCUCUUCUAACUUGAAUACAUGGAUUCUUUUCAAAUCAAGAAAGAUUUUUAGAAAAGAAAGCCUAAAAACUCUUUUAACAGUAUGACUCUCAAUAGUAUUUGGAAAUAAGAAGCAGCAGCAGAGUGUAAUUUGGUUUAUUGGAUGUGAGGAACAUGUGAUAAUGGAAAACCUGAAAUGGUGGUUGGAUGGGAAAAAGGAAACUGCAUAAAAUUUGCUGUAAGACGUAUAGAGACUUAUUUUCUUUAUUAAAGUAUUCUUAUAAGAAAACAUAUGUAUUUGUAAAAACGGUUUCCUGUGUUAAGUAUUUGUGCAAUCAGAGCUGACUUGUAAACUAUUCUUGUAAUAUUUCAUUAUUUUGAAAGAUUUAUAUAAUGAAUUCUGGAAAUAUGACUGAUAAAUAAAACUGAUGAA